AUGUAUGAAGAUCAAAUGUGGCUUGAAGAAUGUAUGGAUAAUGAUCCUUGGGAAAAUGUAGAAAUUGAACCAAUGUUUCAAUAUCCUGUUAUGGAGAAUGACUUUUUAUCUAACGAAAUUAGUCAGACUCCUCCAGAGAAAGAUAUUGCUGCAGCGCUUGUUUUAUUAAAGGUACGUCAUCGAAUAUCAACUAAGGGUAUUAAUGAUUUAUGUAAACUAUUAAAACUGUUGAAAAUGCCAAAUGCUCCGAGAAGUUUUUAUCGGAUUAAACGUCUAUUACUACCGAAUCCUUCUGCAUCAACUUCUGCAUUCGUUACUUACAUUUGUCCAGUUUGUUGUGAAGCAACAACAUCAUUGCAUCACUGCAGCAACAAGCAUUGUACAGAACAUAAACGUUUUCAUGCACCACCUUUGUAUUAUUUACGAAUGCCAAUUCUUCAACAAUUACGAGAAAUUCUUGAUCAUGCACCACCAUUAAAUUUUGAACAACAGCAAGAAAAACUUACUUCAGAUAUUGAUGAACAACCUCGUUUACGCACAAAUGAAACUUACGACACAUUUAUGAAGGUUUACGCACAAGAACGUUUGCUAAAUCAUGUUGAGCUUCGUGAUCGUUUACGAGGUCAUAUAAGUCCUUGUGUUCUUCGAGAAUUAACUUACUUCGAUGUUGGAACUAGUUUUUUAUCAGAUUCGUUGCACAAUGUAUAUCAUGGUGUGAUGAAACGCUUACUUCGUCUUUGGUUUAACAAAAAAUAUAGAAAACAACCAUGGAGUAUUUGUUCUAAGUUAAAUGUAGUUGAUCGUUAUUUAUCUUCAAUAAAUUAUCCAUCAACAACUGUUCGUAUACCUCGUUCGUUAUCAAAAUAUGAACAGUACAAAGCAAAUGAACUUCGAAGUAUUCUACUAUUUGGUUUUCCUGCUUUAUGCUUUGUCCUACCACUUCGAUAUGCAAGACAUUUUCUUUUACUUGUCGUUGGAAUGCAUAUAGCUGAAUCUCGUUGUAUUCAUCGCACACAACUGGAAGACAUUCGUGUAUUGUUUCAUCGUUUUCUAAAAUUGUUUCCAAUUCUUUACACUCCACGAUUUAAUUCUCAGUCGGUUCACAGUUUGCAUCAUAUAGCUGCAAGUGUAACUGAAUACAGUUCGUUGAGCAAUUACUCAACUUUUAAUUUUGAAAGUGUUCUAGGUUUAAUAACUUCCACUGUUCACUCUACUCGUCGGCCUGCAUGUGAAAUUUAA